GCGGCGCGACGUGCAGGAUACACGUUCUUUCAAGCAGCCCGCGCUCUGUACCUACAAUGGUUUGAUGACGCUUCUGCGACUCCGAGGGUUCCUAAUGCGAGGGUUCCCUUGAUAUGUUAAGUAGAGCUCCUCAACUGUGCUGAAUAAAUACUCAGCGGCUUGCCCUACUGACACCAUAACCUCUACAUGGCCUUCGAGGACCUUGAAGCCAAAGCUUCCUUUCUUGCAACGACCGCUGACUGUGAUGCUUCGUCGUCGACAAUCCGUCUUCAAGUUCUUCGAGACACCAUCUGGUCAAUGCAACUUAUGUUUAUAUCAGUAUUAGACUACCUUCAUGCCAUGGCAAUCCUGAAACUAUCAGGAAACACAUCCCAAAACUUGCAGAGGCUUCUUGAGGUAUGGGCGCAACACCAAAGCACCUUCAUUCGGUUCCUUUGGGUGUCAAGGGAAGUUGCUGAAAACAUUUGCGAUGCUGCUGAAGAGCUGGACCAGACGUUUCGAAACACCCCAAAUAUGUGCCUUGCAAACAUGCACGAACCUUUGUUCAGAUUUCAAUCUAGUGCGGACAGGUAUAAAUUACAGGCGCAAAGGAUUGCGGACAAAAUCAAGCAACUAUCUGUAGACAUAGAGCUAUUCUACGAGAACCUGGAGUCUACAGUUAAUCGCACCUCAGUGAGAAACAUACUCUCAAGGUUCAUCUCAGCAGAUAGACAAGCAAUCAAUAAAGCCAAUGCUGCUCUGGAGGAGAUACUACCUCAACUGUUGAGCAUCGCCAAAGAACUGCGCGGGUUGGCAGCCGCCAAAGAUACCUGUCCCCUUGCGGGUGCCUUAGCUUCGAACAGAAAACGCGGUGAGGAUGCCUUUAGCGCUCCUAAGACAGAUCCUGAUACUCCCACGGCUUCAGACUCUCUUUCGGAGAAGGCCACUACCAUCACUGAAUCCCGUGUGACAAUAAUGACCCACUGGAUGAACGUUAUUGCCGAGCUCAAGGUUGUGGAAGGAACGAUAAAGUUAGCUUUGAGGACUCCCGACAAAUCGUAUAUGAUGAAAGCCUUAGAGGGACGUCUGAAAAACGCCUAUACCCUCAACGCCACCGUCCGUAACGUCUCACACGAAAUUCGUGUGGCAGCUUUCACACAGCAACCGAUUCUAUAAUCCUCGUGGUCGCAUCGCCUGUUUAUGCUAGCUCGGCUUUUCCAACUUUCUGGAAAAGAAGUUCGAUGGGGAUACGUUCACUUAUUGUCGCUGGUCGCCCUUGUUGAUUCAAGUAACUUAUUGAUCCUCUUAUCCGAUUGCUGUUCGGAUCUGUCGGAUUUCUUACACCACCUUAAUCGCAAGUGCAGCUCAAAGUACCGUUUGGCUGUGUGGACUGCGAGGCUCAAUGCGAAUACAACGAGGUGGACAUG